GUCAGAAGGAGCCGUGGCUGCAAUGGACCAAUGAACAAUUUGGAAAAACAAUUAGGGCUAUAAAUACGACUCUCAAUACCAUUCCGUGUGUUUCAGGAAUAAGGAUUAACCUGUAGUCAUGACCACGUACUGUCUCAUCGCAUUCCUUGUUGCGGCAGUGUCAGCCGCGCCCUCAACGUGGGACAUUAACGCUCCUGGUUGCGGCAGUAACUACGUUAACUACAAGUACCCAGACCGCUACAUUGUAGGUGGGCAAGAGGCUGCUAGACACGCUUACCCAUGGAUGGUCGCCAUGUACUUCCGUGGAUCCUUCAGAUGUGGAGGUAGUCUGAUCCAGGGAAGUGGCAGCAGAAGCUACGUCCUCACAGCAGCCCAUUGCACAGUGAACACCAAUGCCAACCAAUGGGAAAUGCGUCUUGGGCGCCAUGACCUUUCUGCCUCUGAGACCAACACAAGGCAGCACAUCGGUGUAGAUCAGGUCAUCAACAACCCUUCCUACAGCUCCAGCACGUUAAACUGGGACAUUGCCCUGCUGCGGUUGGCCUCCAACCCGACAGUGAACGACUACGUGAGGCCUGGAUGUUUCCCGAUUGGUGACAUAAGUCCUGGGGAAAAUUCCUUCGUCAGCGGCUGGGGCGUCCUCACAGAGGGUGGUUCAUUACCAGACACGCUUCAGGUUGUGAAUAAGCCUAUUCUCACCCACCAGACCUGCAGAGACCAACUGGGUUCCAACAACUACUACGACAGCAACAUGCUUUGUGCCGGUUUUGAUGCAGGCGGUGCUGAUGCCUGCCAGGGAGACAGUGGUGGACCUCUGAUGGCAAUCCGUGGAGGAAGAGUUGAGAUUGUCGGUAUCGUAAGCUGGGGAUUCGGAUGUGCCAGACCCGAGCGUCCAGGUGUCUAUAGCAACUCGGUCAGGUCCAAGAACUGGGUUAGCAGCUACAUCAACUAGAGCCACACUGUUAUUACAGAUGAUAAAAUAUUCACCUCAGAA